AUGUCAUUGUGGGUUGAUAAAUAUAGGCCUCGUACUCUAGAUAGCAUAGAUUAUCAUGAAGAUGUCUCAAAAAGAUUGAAGGCUUUAGCAUCUUCAGGUGAUUUCCCACAUUUAUUAGUUUAUGGUCCUUCUGGUGCUGGUAAAAAAACCAGAGUGAUUGCUGUUUUACAUGAAUUGUUUGGUGCUGGUGUAGAAAAGAUGAAGAUUGAUGUUAGAACUUUCCAAACUUCUUCAAAUCGUAAAUUAGAAUUCAAUGUGGUUUCAAGUCCUUAUCAUAUGGAAAUCACACCAAGUGAUCUAGGUAAUAACGAUAGAGUUGUCAUCCAAGACUUGUUGAAAGAAAUUGCACAGACUGAACAAGUUGAUUUCAGUGGGAAACAUCGUUUUAAAGUUGUCAUAAUUAAUGAAGCUGAUUCAUUAUCAAGAGAUGCUCAAGCUGCUUUACGUAGAACCAUGGAAAAAUACUCUAAAAAUAUAAGGCUAAUAUUAAUUUCCAACACAACAUCAAAUAUUAUUGCUCCAAUUAAAUCAAGAACAUUACUUCUAAGAAUACCUUCCCCAACAAUUGAUGAUAUAACAAAAGUUUUAUCAAAAUUAGCUUCAAAGCAAGAAAUCCAAUUACCUUCAGAUGAACAAGAUAAAAUUCAAGUAUUGAAUAAUGUUGGUGCUUCAUCCAAAAGAAAUUUACGUAGAGCAUUAUUAUUAUUAGAAGCUCUAACCAUGCAAAAUGAAACUCUCAAGACCACUACGCCAAUGAUUACAUUAGAUUGGGAAGGUGUUAUCAAGAAAUUGGCUGGCAACAUAUCUCGUGAUCGUAAUGUUGCAAGAAUUUCAUCAUCAAGAACUGUUUUAUAUGAAUUGAUUUCUCAUUGUAUACCCCCAAAAAUCAUUUUGAAAACAUUAGCAUUUGAACUAUUAAACUUUGUUAAUGAUAAAGUUAAAAGUGACAUUGUUGAAUUGGCUGCAAUUUUUGAUGAAAGAUUAAGUCUAGGUACAAAAUCAAUCUUCCAUUUAGAAGGUUUCAUUGCAAAAUCAAUGGUUGCCAUCGAAAAAAAUGCAUAG